AUGAAUUAUUCUGAACUGUUUCCAACGGCGAACGCUAAGUACAACGCUGUUCGGGAACGGAACGUCUCAGCAGAAGGCAUUUUCGUGUAUGCCGUCAAAACUACAGGCGUGGUAUGUAGACCAACAUGUUCUGCCAGACUAGCUCUUUUCAAACAUGUAGUUUUCUUCGAAAAUACACAGCAGGCUGUGACUGCUGGUUUCCGACCAUGUCUCAGGUGCAAGCCGGAAAUUCAACUGCAUUGGAACAAACAUCGGAAACUGGUUAUAUCCUUAAUAGCCCUUUUCCGUGAAUCACAACGUGCUGGGAAGACAGCGGGCGAUCUCAGACUUGCAGAUAUUGCUGAAAAGUUGCAAAUUUCAAAAUGGCAGCUUAUCAAGGUUUUCAAAAGAUAUACUGGAACCACUCCCAUGAAGUACUACGAGGGGCUUCAGCAGGGAAAAAGUGUUAUCUGCGAACAAGAUGUUCCGAUGGCUGUAACGAGGAAACGCAAGAUGAAGAAAGAGGAGCAGAAACAGGGUUCAAUGGGCGAAAUUGAGUGUAACAUCGGUUUUUCGACUGAAGCCGAACCUUCUGCAGAUUUCUUGGCACCUUUAGUUGGGAUUAUCAACGAUGACUGGAUUAGCGAGUUUUUGGACUCCUGA